CUACAAACCACAUUAAAUAUUAUUUCGAUAAAUACGUAAAUCUCUUAAAUAUAUAUAAGUUAUAAUAACAUUUUCAUCGACCUUCUACUUUAUCAGAUCGUUCAUGGCUUCUUCCUCUAGCAAAAUUGAAUCUGAUGGUGAAGAUGAAGAUCAUGAAGAAGAGGUUGAGCAUUUUGAUGAUUUCACUCUUGCCUCUUCAUGGGAAAGGUUUAUAUCUGAUAUAGAGGCAAUUUGUCGGCAGUGGAUGGCUGACGGUCCUAAGAAUCUUUUGAAAAAGAAUGCAGUUCAGUUGGAGCCCUCUGAAGAUUUAUUUAGGGUCAAAUCUGAGUUGAAGGAUCUCACGAAAAGUUAUUCCAUGGAAUUCUACUUUCAUUCCAACAAUGAUGUCAAAACUAUGAACUGGGAUUCCAUGUCACAUGACCUACAAUUAUGCUUUGGGGUGAAGGAGUUUUUGGUAAUUGCUCCUCAAAGUGCAAGUGGAGUGGUUCUUGAUGCACCCGAAGCUAGCAAGCUACUGAGUGCUGUUGCAAUUGCUUUAUCUAAUUGUUCAAGUUUAUGGCCAGCAUUUGUGCCAGUGCAUGCUCCUUCUCGAAAAGCAUAUAUUGGCAUCCAUAACAUGGGAACUGUAUUUACUAGAAGAUUUGAGGCAGAUCAUAUUGGCAGUCAGGUCCCAGUAAAACUUAUGCAUUUAGAAGGAUUAUACGAGUUGUUUGUUUCUAAAUUUGCCUACUCCACAUUGGACUUUUCUGUUCAUCUUUUCAAAGUCCAUUUUACGAUGAAGCUAACAUACAGAACCCUUCCCAAUGAUGAAGAUGACAAUGAUGUUCAAGAAAAGGAUGUUGAAGAUACUCAAGAUGGGUUUAGUCCUCGCGGUGAUACUCGUAGCAGAACACAGUGGGAUGAUAAUUGUCCGUGGAGUGAGUGGUAUUCUGCAGAAGAUCCCAUAAAAGGAUUUGAGUUGGUUGCCAUGUGGUCAGAAAAGAUGGUUGAAAACUCUCUGGAAAUGGCUGAACUCGAGAAUUGUUCACCCCAUGAAGCUGAGAAGUGGAUCUUAUAUCCAAUUUUGUCUCCAAAUGUAAAUGAUGGCUCCCAAGGAAAUUGGGUUGGUUUUUCUUCGCAGUUGUGCCUAUUAGUUGAUGCAUUGGAUAUGUCCUUCACUGCUCAGUUUAUGGAAGAUUUUGUCUCAGUUGAAAACCCAGGUUCUGACAAUUUGAGGUCCUCAAGUGUUAUUCCUCCACCUACGGUUAUUGAUCGUGUGCUCAAAGAACUAUUUCCGGAGGGUGGAUUGCUCCCAAAGUUUACUGAUGGCGAGCAUAAGACUUCACGACUUAUUAAAGGCGCACCUCUCCAAUCCCUUUUUGCACAAUUUUGUUUACAUUCUCUUUGGUUUGGCAACUGCAACAUACGUGCUAUUGCUGUACUCUGGGUAGAAUUUGUUCGAGAAGUUCGGUGGUGUUGGGAAGAGUUACAAUCAUUGCCUCGAAUGCCAGUCGAGGGUUCCAUUGACUUGUCUACUUGUUUGAUCAACCAGAAGCUACAAAUGCUUGCAAUAUGCAUUGAGAAAAAGCGUGAAUUGACUGAAGAUUUUCAAGAUUGUAUUGGAAGCAAUGAUCAACUUUCUCCCAAGGCAAACAGUAUAGCUGGGGAGGACUCAUCAACUAUGCAUACACCCACCGAAAACUUUUAUGGGAAACGUGACAGCUCAACAACAACAAAUGAUUUACAAGAUAUUGGACGAAAAUUAUUUGACGAGCCUGAAAGUGUUGUAUUGUCUCCUGAUUUGAAGCCGGAAGACCAUUUGCGGAGGGGUUCUGCUGGCGUGGCAGGGUCCAUGAAACUUUUAAACUCAUUUCAGAGCAUGCAUGUGCCCUACACACAGGAGGCACCACUUAUGACAGAAGACAUGCAUGAAGAACGACUCCAGGCUGUUGAAGCUUUUAGCGAAUCAUUUGACUUUUCUGCUCAGUUGGAAAAGGAGAUCUUAUCAUCAGAUAUGUCGGCAUUUAAAGCAGCAAAUCCAGAUGCUGUCUUCGAAGAUUUUGUUCGUUGGCACUCUCCUGGAGAUUGGGAAAAUGUAGAGAAGGGCGAGUCAUCUAAAAGUUCUGCAGAAGAUGAUUGGCCUCCUCGAGGAAGACUUUCAAAGAGAAUGUCUGAGCAAGGAAAUAUGUGGCGAAACAUAUGGAAUGAUUCACCUGCUUUACCAGCUUCUGAGCAGAAGCCGCUUCUGGAUCCUAAUAGAGAAGGGGAAAAGAUACUUCAUUACCUUGAAACUGUACGACCUCACCAGUUACUCGAGCAAAUGAUCUGUACUGCGUUCAGAGCAUCAGCAGACACAUUAAACCAGACCAGUUAUGGAGGCUUGAAGGAGAUGGAAACCAAAAUGGAUCAACUUUACCUCACCAUUGCAUCAGUUUUGAAGUCUUUACAAGUGAUUGAUUUAUCUCCUGGAAGCGAGACAUUUGAGGACCUUAGACGACUCUCUGGUGUUUUUCAACAUGUUGAGAAGUUACUCACCCUUGCAGCCUCUCUUCAUCGCAAGUUCUUGCAAGCACCACGACUUUCUGAAGCCAUCUUCCGGGACUACUACAAUUAUUAUCUUCCAAGAAUGGGAACGAGCUCCACUUCAGACAAUGUUCCAAAGGAGUUUGACAAGAGGCAACAAGUAAGGGCGCGGGAACGAGCAGUAAUUUCUAGUAUGUUUACACAUCCGACAGCUAACCAAUCGUGGAGAAAAGUUUUAAGCAUGGGCAAUCUUCUCAAUGGCCAUGAACCGAUUCUCAGGGAGAUAAUAUUUUCGAUUCGUGACGGAUUAACAGGUAACCACUAUGCUAGCCACACUCCUGGAUUGCAUCAACAACAAGAAAUAGAAACAUAUCGAAUGUAUAUAUGUGGAACCUCAAAUGACCUUCGAGUAGCCCUUUCUGUUACCUCAUGUGAUUAAUUUUAUCUCGAAACAAUGAAUAUUAGUUUUUCAUUUUUAUUUUUACUACAUGUCUCAGUUUUCUUAAUUCUGAUUCUUAACAUAAUUCUAGGGUACCUGUUAGUUUUUUUAAAAAAAAUUUAACGUGGGAAAUUUCAAUUUGAAAACUCCUUUGUUUUACCUUAAGCUCAAUAUGUAAAAAUUAUAAUAUUUCAACGAUCAAUCCAAAUAGGCUGGCUAGUACCUUAGUUAUUUCUGAAAUGAAAUUUUUCAUUAUCAUGUAUGUUAUAGCUAUUUAAUUUUAUUAAAUUUAAAAAAAGUUAACAUUGCUGAAAAUAGAGUUUUAAUUUUCAUACUCCUGGUUUGAGCUAGCAUAUGAGCAUGUCUAUAUACUAAGUUCAUUGUUUUUUUUUUCUUCACAAGUCAUUUCUUACAAAAUUACAAAAGAUAAAGAAAAGGGAAAAUAGAAAAGAUUCUUACAUAAUGUAACAAUGAGAUGAAGAAAGGAAACAAAUCCCCCAAAAAAGGGUUUUCGUUGUCCAUAGCAACAAAAGGUGAUGAUGUUACUACUCAAAAUAUUAUACAACAUCUUCCAUUGAUCUUAAUGAAAUUUGAGACUGGUCAAUACAUUGUUGUUGACUGGGUCAGCUAGAUGAUCCAACAAGUUCUGGUAAGGCCCAACACCAGUAACAAGGCCUUGAAUAAAAUAGCCCAAUAUAGCCAACAUAGCCAACCUUCCAUUCUUAAUCUCCUUAAGCUUCAAAUCCUUCAUGGACUUCUCAUCCUUUCCAAACCCAAGUGGGUUAAACAAAGGCCCACCAGGGUAAGCUGGGUUAUCAGAUCCACCAAGGUACUUUUCAAGGCCCAAAAAGUAUUGUUUGCUCAUGGACCCAGGAUUGUACCAAUCUUGGAACCUUCUGUGCUCAGCAAAGCCCAUUAGUGCCAUUUCCAUAACGAAAAGUGUGUAUGGGUCGGCCCAAUAGCUGUAUGUACCAGCUGGUGGGAUGACACCUGUCUUGAACCAUGGGAGAGCUGUUUCUUCUGGGAUUAGACCAAGCUUACCGAAUAUCUCAGGUGCUAUGGCUCCAGCGGCUCCCAACAUGGCGAAACGACCGUUGAUGACCUCACCGUAGGCUAGCCAUCUGGGCUCGAUGAACCCACCUGUGCCUUCUGGGUCUGAUAGGCCCAAUGGAUCGAACCCAAAGUCACCUGGUAAGCU